AUCUAAUCCAGCUCCUUCGGACGUGUCUCCCAGAUCUCCUCCGCCUUCCUCUCCGUCCGCCAUCGUUGUCGUUUUCCAUUUCAAGUUCAAGGUACUGAAAAUUAGCGAGUCUCCCGCUUAACGGAGUACCAACUGCAGUGUUGGAACAGUCCAAAACCCUAAGCUAUGCCUCGCGGUCCUCUCAUACUCAAAGCAAGCGGAUUCAUUCAACGAUCUCUAUCGGAAUCCUCCCGAAAGCAAAAGCAUUCGCAUCGUUUGAAUGGUAUUUACAGAUAUCUAUGCUCGGAACCAUACCUUGAUACCAAUGUUGCAUUUCUCAAAUCACAUGGGAUUCAUAAAGGGCUUUUGGCUUGUAAUGGUUCACAGAAGCAUUUGAUUUCUACUCCUAUGAUUGGAAGAUGUUAUAGCACACAGGCAUCUGUGCAGAAGGAUGUUACUUCAUCCGAUGAUAAAAGUUUCAAGGGACAUGAUAUGCUAGCACCCUUUACGGCUGGAUGGCAAACUACAGAUUUGCAUCCUCUAGUAAUUGAGAGGUCAGAGGGUUCUUAUGUGUAUGACAUUAAUGGGAAAAGGUAUCUCGAUUCUCUAGCUGGUUUAUGGUGCACGUCGCUAGGGGGCAAUGAACCUCGCCUUGUUGAUGCUGCAAUGAAACAGCUAAACACAUUGCCAUUUUACCAUUCAUUUUGGAACCGAACCACAAAACCAUCUUUGGAUCUUGCCAAGGAACUUUUGGAUACAUUCACUGCUAAUAAAAUGGCUAGGGUCUUCUUUACGAAUAGUGGAUCAGAAGCCAACGAUUCACAGGUAAAGUUGGUUUGGUAUUACAACAACGCCCUUGGAAGACCAAACAAAAAGAAAUUUAUUGCUCGAUCAAAAUCUUAUCAUGGUUCGACUCUUAUAGCAGCCAGUCUUUCUGGUCUCCCUGCACUGCACCAGAAAUUCGAUUUGCCAGCUCCGUUCGUACUACACACUGACUGCCCACAUUAUUGGCGAUUUCAUCAGCCAGGAGAAUCGGAGGAGGAGUUUUCUACCAGAUUGGCCAACAACUUGGAAAAUCUUAUCAUCAAAGAAGGACCUGAGACGAUUGCGGCUUUUAUUGCGGAACCUGUUAUGGGAGCUGGAGGUGUGAUACCUCCUCCUGCAACUUAUUUUGAAAAGAUUCAGGCUGUUGUGAAGAAGUAUGAUAUCCUUUUCAUUGCCGAUGAGGUAAUAUGUGCCUUUGGAAGGCUUGGGACAAUGUUUGGCUGUGACAAAUACGGCAUCAAACCCGAUCUUGUCUCUCUAGCAAAGGCACUUUCUUCUGCUUAUUUGCCUAUUGGAGCUGUCCUUGUUAGUCCCGAAAUAUACGAUGUCAUCCAUUCUCAGAGCAACAAGCUAGGUUCAUUCUCACAUGGAUUCACUUACUCGGGGCAUCCUGUAUCGUGUGCUGUUGCGCUGGAAACACUUAAGAUCUAUAAGGAGAGAAAUAUUCUGGAUCGUGUAAAUGAAGUGUCCCCUAAAUUUCAGGACGGUGUAAAAGCAUUUUCUAGCAGUCCCAUUAUUGGCGAGAUUAGGGGAACAGGUUUGAUUCUUGGGACUGAGUUUGCCGACAAUAAAUCACCGAAUGAUCCAUUUCCUGCUGAAUGGGGAAUCGGAGCUUAUUUUGGAGCACAGUGUGAGAAGAAUGGGAUGUUGGUGCGAGUUGCUGGUGACAACAUUAUGAUGUCUCCUCCUUUCAUAAUAAGUCCUCAAGAAAUCGACGAGCUGAUCGAUAUCUAUGGGACAGCGCUAAAGGCAACGGAAGAACGGGUGGCUGAGCUCAAGCAGCAGCAGUAAGGUUUGAUUUAUUUAUAAUGGCGAAAAUUUGGAUGUGUAUAGUUGUAGACAAAACAUAUAUAUUUAAAUUAAGUAAGAAUAAAGAGAACAAUCAAAUGGUUUAUGUUGCCAUUCAUUUAAACAAUGAAUUGAGAAGGCUACUUCCAGGUUCUCCAUGCUAUCAAAACUGUAAGAAUCUUCUCUAUUACUAUAAUUAUUGCUAUUCACUUUAUUUUUAAA